AUGUCAUUAUUUGCUCCCUCACGAUCUCUUUUAUUUCCUUUCAUUUCAUUAUUCCCUUUGCCGAUUUCUUUAUUUUUCUUCCAUUUCAUUAUUUGCUCCUGUCCGAUUUCGUUCCUUUCCUUCCAUUUCCUUAUUUGCACCUGCCCUUUUUCAUUCAUUUCUUUCCAUUUCAGUGUUUGCUCCUAUCCUUCCUCUUUCCUUACCUUUCAUUUCAUUAUUUGCUCCUUUUCUAUCCCACAUUUUCAUUAUUUGCUUCAUCCUUUUCUCAUUCAGUUCCUUCUAUUUCAAUGUUUGCCCAACAAUGUUUUAUUAUUGGUUCCUGCCCAAUUUCUUUCUAUUUCAUUAUUUGCUUCAGUCCUUUCUAAUGUUUCCUUUCAUUUCCUUAUUUGUUCCUACCCUUUGUCUUUCCUUUCCUUCCUUUCAUUAUUUGCUCCUAACCUUUUCUUUACCUUUGCUUCCAUUGCAUUAUUUGCUCCUGUCCAAUUUCCUUUCUUUUCAUUAUUUGCUCCUACCAUUUCUCUUUCCUUAGCUUCUAUUCCAUUUUAUGUUUCUGUCCAAUCUCUUUCCUUUCAUUCCUUUUCAUUAUUUGCACCUACACUUUCUCUUUCCUUUGCUUCCAUUUCAUUAUUUGCUCCUAACCUUUCCUUUUCAUUUCCUUCCAUUUCAUUAUUUUCUCCUGUCCAAUUUCCUUCCUUUCAUUCCAUUUCAUUAUUUGCUUCUACCCUUUCUCUUUCCUUUGCUUCCAUUUCAUUAUUUGCUCCUGUCCAAUUUCCUUUCUUUUCCUUAUUUGCUCCUACCCUUUGUCUUUCCUUGCCUUCUAUUCCAUUUUAUAUUUCUGUUCAAUCUCUUUCCUUUCCUUCCAUUUCAUUAUUUGCUCCUAACAUUUCUUCUUCCUUUCAUUUUUCUCAUUUUUCUACUUCUUUCUUACAUUUUUAUUCAUUUAUAUGA